GUAAUUUUGAUCCGCCUCGGGAUGUUUUCACCUUUUUAGUGUCUAAAUUUCUCUUUUGAGUCUAAUAUUGCUAUUUGGAGUUUUAUCUGAUUUUAGUUUGUUUUGUUGUGAAAAUAAAAAACUACAAAGGUAGAGUCGUAUUAAGAUAAAGAGAAAACUUUCAAUUUUUUUUUUUUUUUUAAAACUGGGUUUAAAUAAAUAAGUUUAUAUUUUCUUAGUCUAAAAUUAGGUGGUUAAUAUUCUUACAAAGUGUAUUUGGAUUUUUUACUAAAACAAAGAAAAGACAAAAGAGGAGAACCAAUCACAUUGUGCCACAUAUCAAGAUUCCUUCUUAUCAUUUCCUAACAAACUUUGCCCAUGUGAUUUUUGCUUCCGAGAGUGCACGUUUUGUAUUCUUCACUCCUAAAAGUUCACACACAACACUACACCUAUCAGCCGGAGAAAACAUUUUUGGUGGAAUUUUAAAAAGAUCUAAACAGCUAACGGAGGAGGAACAAAAAGAAGAGCAGCCAUAGCCUUUUCUUCUGGACGAUUUCCACACCUCCCCAUCUCUUUUCCUCCAUUAAGGCCAUCAUUAAUCUUUCACAAUCUCUUACCACGAAAACAUAAAUAAUCAGCUCACCAUGUUGUUGCUAGUUUUAGUUACUCAUAAAACCCACAACCACCACCUAGAAUCUACCAUUGUCACAGUCCAACAAACCACCACUCGAAAACAACCCGAAAACACCCAUCUUCACACCAUCGUAAAAACACCAUCGUCUUCCCCUCUUUUCCCAUCCAUCCGCCUCCUUUAAAUACCCCGCAAAACCCAAAACGAACCCCCUCUGAAACACCCCUGUUUUUCUGUCGAAGUUAUCGGUUAAGGUUCGAAUUCGCUUGUCGACUCUUUGUCGAUUUUUGUUCUUCGCUGUUGGGUUUUGUUAGCAGUGUAAAGUUCGUGAUUGCUUCUUGUUUCAACUGGUUUCAAUUAAUUUAAGGAGUUGUGUCUACAAAGAAAGUGGUUGGUUUGUGGCAUUUUGGUGAGUCGUCUAGAUAACAUCGGGUCAAAGGGAAAGUAGUCAUGAACAGCAAAGAAUCAGGCAGUACCAUCAUUGACCCAUCAAAGAAACCCGUGGAAUGAGAUUCGGGGUCAAAUAAUGAGGUUCAACGGUUGAAACAACAAAUGAUUUAAAUGCAUCAGGCAUGGUCUAGCGGGCAACCCUCUCUGCUAUUUUCCAGUUCCACUAACACUUCGCUACCAUACCCACCAGAUGUCAUCUCGUACCACAACUAUCCUAGCAGCUCUGAUACCUAUUUCACUACCCAACAUGCCAAAAUCACUGCAUGUCUUGCACCACCCGUUAUUCCUGCCUUUGUAACCCCUCUACCCACUACCCCUGCUUUUGCAACUCAUCCACCAAUUGUGAUUCCUGGAUCCACUUGUGCAACUGUGUUCAAUAUUAUUGGGACCCAGUAUUAUGCUUCUAAACUGACACUUAAGGUGCCUGAUUCAUAUUGGUACAUCCCUCAGCUCAAGUACCCAUUUGAGCUUGAGAAUCAUGUCAAGACAGAGGAGCAUGAAGAGAUGUCUAGGAAAAUUAAAAGUUUGGAAAGAUCUAUGAAGAGCUUACAAGCUCUUGGAGGUCAUAGAAGUGUUUCGUACGAAAACCUAUGCAUGUUCCCUAAUGUCCAUUUUCCUACUGAUUUCAAGAUCCCAAAGUUUGACAAAUACGAUGGACAUGGUGAUCCUGUGGCCUACUUGAAGAGGUAUUGCAAUCAAUUGAGAGGAGCUGGGGGUAAGCAAGAGUUGCUUAUGGCCUACUUCGGUGAGAGUUUGACAGGUUUAGCCUUAGAAUGGUUCAUUGAUCAAGACUUCACUAAGUGACAUAUUUGGGACAACAUGGCUCAAGAAUUUGUGCAGAAAUUUCAAUACAAUAUAGACUUCGUCCCUGAUCAACUUGAAGAAAAAAUCUACAGAAAAUUUCAGAGAAUUUGCCAUCAGGUGGUGGGAGCAGACUGCUAGAGUAAAACCACCGCUGAAAGAAAGCGAGGUUGCGGAGGCAUUUAUCCAAGCUCAAGAUGAAGAAUAUUAUCAGCAGGUGCUCCCUGCCUUGGACAAAUAAUUUGUCGAAGCCAUCAAAAUGGGGGAGAUGAUAGAAGAUAGGAUUAGAACAGGACGUAUUGUGAGUUUUGCUACCGUUAAAUCCACCACACAUGCAAUUCAAAGUGGAUCAAGAAAUCUUGGGAUAAAGAGGGAUGGAAAUUCUGAUGUUGCAAUGAUUGCAUCUGGACAAAGUCAAGGUCCAAGGGGCCGCCAUCGUCAAUAUACUCAGCCUCAACGCGGAUCACCAAAUUACACACAAUGGCAAGAACUAACACCACAAAAUCGGCAUCCGUCUCCACAAAAUUUUCAGCCACCAUAUAAUCCCUGUUCGAGGCAGGAGUAUGGAAGGAGACUGAGGCCAAGGGAUAGUUUCACACCGAUUGGAGAAUCUUAUAUGAGCUUGUUCCAUAAAUUGAGACAUUUAGGCAUGAUCACUCCUCUACUCGGGUAUACUCCUGACCCGCAUUCAAAAAGUUUUGAUCCCACCGUAUGAUGUGCAUAUCAUUCUGUUAUUCAGGGACACAGUACUGAAGGCUAUCACACUUUAAAAAGAGAAAUAGAAAGAAUGAUUUAAGAAAAACUGAUUGUGGUACAAGACAGCGACACUCCACGCGUCGCAGAGAAUUAUUUACCGGCACAUGAUGAUGCACACUUCAUGAGAAUGAGCGAGUUGGCCAAAGGGACCCAGAACCUAUUUGUUGAGUAUAAUGUAUUUGACAUUGAUGAAGGUUCUAGUAGUGUUAAUAUGCAACUUAGUGGAUAAGAUGUCAAGCUCAACAAUUGGGGAAGUCACCCAUUUUCCCACUUGGAAGGAGUAUUGGUAGUUUGUUUUGAUGUUCUUUCUGUUAUCCGGAUUAUUCAGGGUUGUAAUCUGGAUUUUACUUUGCUUAUUUUAAUGUUAAAACUCUUCUAUCCUUUUUUUUUAAUGAAAAAAAAAGUUUUCAUUUUUGUCAGAUUUUUUAAUUCAUUUCGUUUAGUUUGUUUUAGGCAUGUUCUAGUGACAUGACAUGCAUGCGGAUUUUUUUGGUCAGAUCUUAAAACCUGGUCUAGGCAGGGGACAAAUGCACCAAAACUUGAAAAUUGUGAAGAAGAACAUUUGAGGAAACAAGCAGAGACAAGUAUGAAGGAAAAGUGAGAGACAAUAUCCAACAAUUCAUUUGUUGUGAAGAGAUAACAUAUGAUUUUCAUUUCUCAUUCUCAAAUUGCAUGUUUUGUACUUGACAUUUUUAAGGAUUGGUAUGACGAAGGCAUUUCAUUCUGCUAAAUAAAUGUUGUGUCACCCUUUGUUACCCCUGUUGAGCCUUAGUUUUAUCUUCUUUCUCAUCCCUCUUUUGGAAUCAAAAUAAAAUCAGAAAAGAGUAAAAAAAAAAAAAAG